AUGGUUCGUAAAAUGAAUAAGCUCGCCAAGCGGCUCGCCAGCACUUCAAAAAGUCGUCAACCGGAACCAGAAAGCGAUUCCGACGGAUCCGAAUUUGACUUCGAUAAUGCUAUCGAGGAAAAACCAAUGGAAGCGAUGGAUAUCGAAGAGGUUGAAUCAGACGGCGAUGACGAUGAAAGAGAGCUCCAAGCCGCAUUCGCUGCUGGUCUUCUUAAAGAUGGACUCAACAUUCAAGUAGCCAAAAAGCGUCCGAUCAUCAACAAAAGUGCUGAAAUGAAAGAAAAAUUGGCUGAAAUCACAAAAGAUCUUCCAUGGGUUGAGACUCUUGAAGUGGUAACUCCUCAUUCUGAAAUGGACAAGAAAGUGGAAAAUGACGACUUCCAAAGAGAGUUGAAUUUCUAUAAGCAAGCUGAAAAAGCUGUUCAAAUCGCCUAUCCACGUCUUCUGAAUCUUGGUAUCAAAGUUCUGCGACCAACAGAUUACUAUGCAGAGAUGGCAAAGAGUGACACUCAUAUGCAGAAAGUUCGCAAGAGACUUCUCGGAAUUCAAGAAAUGAAGGAACGACAAGAAGCAUUCCGCCGUAUUCGUGAAGAGAAAAAGUUUGCUGUUAAGGUUCAGAAGGAAGUUCUCGCUGCCAAGAAUACAGAGAAAAAGAACCUCGCAGAAGCUGUGAAGAAGCACAAAAAGGGAAUGAAACAACAAUUGGAAGAUAUGCUGAACAACGUGAAAAGACAUGGUCUUGAUCAGGAUGAUGACGCACCGACUGGAGCAUUCGGUGACCGUCUAGGAGGAAGAGGUGGUGCCGGAAGAGGUGGAGCUGGAAGAGGAGGAUCGAUGAGAAACGCAGGAGAACUCAAAAGAAAACUGAAAUCGGAUAAAUUCGGUUAUGGAGGAAAGAAGAAGGGAAUGAAGAGAAACAACAAGGAGAGCUUCAAUGAUCUGUUCGGAGCUCCACGCGGAGGAUUCGGUGGACGUGGUCGUGGUGGUGGACGAGGAGGACGCGGUGGACGCGGAAGACGUUAAGCAAACGUUAAGCCUAUUUUUAUAUUUACAAUUUAUGAACUUUUGUUACAUCAUUGUUGAUUUUUCCUUGUUAUGGAUUUCGAUUUUCAAAAUUUUGUUCUUACAGUUAUCCCAUUUUUAUUGUUGAUCUUCUGAUUUUAGUAAUGUCCAAUAAAAUAAUUUGUUGUUG